UACACACUGACCUGUGCCCUGCAUACUCUCUCGUGUACCAAUGGAUAAUCAGUUAAUUAAUAAUGGUGCUAAGCUCCUGGAUACACAGACCCCUAGAGGGUGUGCCAUGAUGCAGUGUUGCUCCUCCCCAUCUCCCAGCAUCUGCUUCUGCUAUCAGGAUCAGCGCAGAGACACCCAGAGAGUGGUGAAGACAUGGAGGUGUCCAGCAAAAAACCCUCUCUCCCUUUAUUGCUAGUGACGCUGAUCAGCCUCUCUCCAGAUAUCCUGGUUGCCCAAGCACCGACUCCCCGCCACCUGGUGAAUGGGACUCUGGGAGGAUCGGUCAUGCUGUCUGUGGAUCUAUCCCCCGGGAAAAAGGUGAAAAAAAUUGAAUGGAGCUUUAAGGCUGGGACAGGUGCGACGAUCCAGCUGGCUGAGUUCAAUGGGGAGAAGUUUGAGCGACCGGAUCCCAGCGACAGAUUUCAGCAGAGGCUAGAAAUGUACAAGACCUCGCUGAGGAUCAAGGCUCUGGAGCUGGGCGAUAGCGGAGUUUAUGAGGCCCGGGUUAAGAUCAUACCAGCAACUGUGGAGGAUCAGGCCUUUCUCCUCACGGUCUAUGAGCCGGUGCCGCAGCCCCGGAUCCGGAGUCAGCUGCUCGCCAGCACGCUGGAGGGGUGCAACGUCACACUGCAAUGCCAGGUCUCGGGGAAGGGAAAUGUGAGCAUCUCCUGGGGGAAAGAGAACCCAGUCCAAGAGCUGGAUCCGGCUCGGCACCAGCUCUCCCCUGAUGGCAGGACGCUCCAGCUGUCUGUGCUGCCCAGCUCCCGGAAUGCCACCUACACCUGCACGGUCAGCAACCCCGUGGAUCAGAAGAUCGUCUCCUUCGACCUGCAGAGCAUCUGCCGCAGUGGAGAUGCAGACGUGUCCUUCUCGAAGCCAGGGUACAUUGUGCUGACUUUCUUCCUGUUAGUGCUAAGCCUUGGGACUGCGGUCUGGUGUUGGCGGAUGAACAACGAGAAGUCAGCUGACCCAGCUGCCACCCCCACGGGCCCAGUGGAAGAAAGUCCGUCUGACCCACAGUACACUGAGAUCUUGAGGAGUCCCCCAGAAGGUAAUGACCAGGCCCUACGUCACCUGGAAAAUAACACAGAGCGGAGCCCACAGAAAGAGCCUUUAAUCACCACAAUCUACGACCAGCUCCAAAGGACCCCCGAGAAUACAUCCGAGGAGGUCACAUAGGCCCCCAGGAACCAGAUGUGGUGGCGUAUCAGAGCUUACCAAGGGCUUUGAAGUGCACCGUGUGCCCCACUCAAACUCUGUAGCUGAACGGUCUCAGUUCCACCCACAAACCCCAAUGGAAGAAGACACCUUCUCCAGCUCCGGAGCCCGCCUUGCGACGCUUCCCCACCCCCGCGUUGUUUCAGAACCUCGUGUGUGAAGCCCUCAGCAACUGUUUUGGGAAGGAGGAACCUGAGUGAAGGCGGAGGAGCAGACUCUGGGAGGGAACAGGAGCCCGUGUUUCCAUGGUUGGUGCACUGGCCUCCAGCAGGGGCAGAAUCCCGCCAUCCACUGAGGAGCGGAGGGUGGUGAGAGGGCACGUGCCACGGUGCAAAAUGGCCCGUGCCAAGAAGGAAACCGCUCACGUCUGAGCCUGGCCCGCUAGCUGCAUGACUGUGGAGAAGCAACGUCGGAAAAUGGGCUCCCCCGGGAUGGAGGCAUCCUUCUGGCUGUGUGAUGCUGCAGGGCUGUGGGCUGUGAGGGACUUGGAUGCACCAUGUAUUUAUUUAUCUAUUCUGUUUGAUAAUGCUAGCCCUGCAAGGUCGAUGUACAUGUGACUGAGACAUUGGAUCCGGGGGCCUGUUUUCUUUGUGAUCCUUGGAGGAAGGGAAGUUUUCUAAAGUAGAAAUAGGAACAGAUGGUGCUGUGCCUUGCAGGGAGGGGAACUAUAGGGGGGGGAGAGGAAGGUAGGAGGGUGUCUGAAUUAGUGACUGACUGAGGGUACUGGGGAUUGACUGAGUAAAGGGCAGUCAGAUUGCAGUUUGCCGCAAAACAUUCUGGAUCCUGUGGAAGAAAUAAAAGCAAAAUUUCCCUGCAUGCCAAAUACCCCAAGACAGAAAGGCGCAGGGGCAAAGCCACACGUAGCCGGCAGAAAAGCAGCACAGAAUAUCAAGCUCGCAGCAGGCUCUUCCCAGGGCUAUUCUGGCUGAGACUGGGGCGGGAAGGUGUUGAGGAAGAUCCGGGGAGCUGAGGGUGACUUGGCAGAAGUGAUAUUAAUGAGAGACAAACUGACCGGGUUAAAGAGUCAGGGCUAGAUUCUGCCACUCUCGCCUUCACCUGCUGGGAUCGCUAGGAUUGCUCGGAGCAAGGUGCCACUGAAAGUGAGCCAGGGCGGUAGAACCUGGCCGUGGGGAAGGCCCUGAAGCUCAAGCUGAGGGGCACAAGCUGCAGGGCAGAGCUGAGCCCUGCCAUGAGCAACCUCAAGAAAGAAUCGGAGUCGGGAGUCUGUUUCCAGCCCUUCCUGCCCCCCAGAGCAAUUCAAUAAGUUACUGCAGUCACUGAAAGGGAGCAUGUGUCCGCUUGCUUAUAGGGGUAAUGUCUAGGGCGGGGCGCCCCGAGAUCUGGAAGGUCUUACUCUUCCCCCUUACACCCCUACUUGGCCAAGGAAGAGAAGGACACAGUCUAGCAGGAGGGAAUUACCGGGAGGGACAAUGAGCGUGUCUUGUAUUGGCCUGAAGAUGCUACACAGGAUGGUGGUUCCCUGUAGAGGUGAAUGGCAGAGGUGUGGGUGUUAGUGAGGGGUAGCUAGCCCCACGGUGUUCUGUUACUGGGCGCCUGGCCUUGCUGUCACUACAUCAAAGGGGUAAUUGUGAUUUGGCAUCUGUACCACCCCCCUGCUGUUCACAGCACUCACACCAUGGAAACCCUCUCCGAGAGCUGCUAAGCAACCCUCAGACAUUAAAGGACCUGGAAGACCAGCACAAAGUGGCCCUGUGUUCCAGGAAAGUUCCCCUUUAAGUUCAGAGAAGCUCUUCAGAGGAGAAAUCAUCAAAAGCCCAAAAAUCUUUCAGGGGCCGGGGGAGAGGAAAAGAAAACCUGCUGCCGGAUUUGGUUGGGCAGCUGGGAUCAGGAUUGUUAGGCUCUCUAGUGACACAUGCAAGAUGGGGAGAGUUGGGCAGCCCACGGUGAUCCCGGACCCACCUCCCACACACUAACUGGGAAAAGCUCUGGUGGGGGAAGGCAGCGUUGGUCUAGUGCUUGGAGGAUUGCCGUGCUUCCUUUCUCCUGUCUGUCCUGUCUAUUGACACUGGGGAUUGACUGUCUAGUCGAGCAGAGCCUCGGCCCUCAUCUCAGUGGGCGACUCCAGGCGUUCUUGUAAUAUAACUGAAAACAGAGCAGGAGCCUCUCUUGGGAAAUCUGAAGGUGGUUUCUGUGUGUGGAGAAGUAGCCCCCUCCGCUGAAGUGUUUCCAAGUCUGCUUUUGCCCUGGCUUCAGUCCCCGGUUAGAUUAGUCUGUCCAAUAAAGCAUCGGAUGAUUUGUGCUAUUUUCAUGUAAAUAUAAGGAAAUGUAUGCAAAUUUACAACCAA